AUGGAGAGAGUUGGCGUAUGUGAAGAUUCAUAUAGGGAUGUUGAAAGUCCUCUGAUGAACUUGAAAGUGACACAUUUCAACAGGACUAUGAAACUUUUGAGCUAUGAUGUGACAUUCAGAAGACCGAUCGACGAAAAUAUUGAGUUCGAUAUGCAAGUGAAAAAAUUAACAAGUUUGGGAUGGAGGAAACUAUUGUUUCUACCCAAGAUCAGAGACAUUUGCAGAUUCGGCAUGAAUCACUUCAGGCAGCUAUACAUCCCUUACGUUACAGCUCUAGGAUUGGAGAAUCCUGAAAAGUGCCCAAUACCAGCUGGAUCGUACAGCAUGAAGGAAUUUCCCCUAGACACUUCUGUCACCUAUAAUCUUCCACCAGUCAUGAGAGGUCGAACAGUUGCAACGUUAGUCCUGCAGGAUCCCAAAGAGAAAAUAUCAGUGCAGUGCAUGGAAAUCACUAUGAUCAUCGAGUAG